GAGUCAAAAGCUUCGCCCCUGUGCAGAUUAUUUAAAACGGCUAAUAAAUUAAAUAGUCAAACUUUUAAAUGUUCUGAAGUGAUAGCAAAGUAAGACGUAGAUUAACUAAGGGUAAACAGCCAGCUUUUAGUUUUCUAAACUAACUAUAUUAUUUUAUUGUCUUAAACCUUAAAGUGUGCAGAUAUGAAGAAAAAGUACUUGAAAUUAGACAGAAAAGUAAAACAAAUACUUAAGACAAAUAGCCUUCUUCAAUAUUUAAAAGUGUUCACUAUGAUGUGUAAGGGUAUUGUUUCACAAGAGAUGACUAACAUGAAUGAAAAACAGAUGUAGAGAAUAACAAAGAUUACGGAGGAUUGAUAGUGGAUAAAUCCAAGUUUCAUUUUAAAUCUGUGUUUCUUUGGCAAUUGGAUUUCAUGUAAAAUCCGAAAGACUGCUGAUACCAUGCAUUAUAAUACCCGAAGACUGUCGAUGUACUCUCUGUUAUUAUCAUUGAUUGCCAUGAGUGUGCUUCGAGAUUCAUUGGAAACUGUUACUGAAAUCGAUGUGAUAGCGUUUCUUAAAAACACGAGUGUUCCUCCACUUGUUACGGGUUCAAAACACUGGUCUGACUGGUCGCCUGACAAGAUUAUCGAUGGCAACAAUGGUGACGGGGAUGCCAAUCAAUGUAAAUGUUGCGCGGCGUUAUAUCGACCAGCUUGGGCGAGUCUGGACCUCAACUCGCCCUUUUUAUUAUCAAGAAUAAAAGUUUUCGGAAGAACUGACGGAAGUCGUUGGCAAAGUGAAAACCUUAUUGCCUACAUUGGAGAUUCAUCAAUGGGAUACCAGAACUUAACACAGCUGAAUACCCCAGACAGAACCAAGACUGGCCUACUCAUACACCUUGAUCCCCCUCGACUGGCGCAGUACAUCACUUUUAAGAAGCCAAAUGACGACUUUAUGGCGAUAUGUGAGGUUGAGGUAUUAAAAACAGAAUGCCCUUGUAGAAAGUUUGGUGACAGAUGUGAACAGUCAUGCGACUGUACUACGUGCUGCGACAGUUUAGAUGGGAAAUUUAAACAAUGUAAACCAGGAUAUAGUCCACCGACUUGUGAAACAGAAUGCAUGAAUGGAACAUAUGGACAAAACUGCAGCCAAAAUUGCAAUAUAAAUUGCUUCUACAACCACUGCGAUGCAGUGACUGGAUCUACAUGCGUGGAGGGUUGCCAGCCCGGAUAUGAUUUCUUGGCAAACGAGGAUUGUUCUAAAGGCUGCCAGAAUGGUUUUUACGGUAACUGUAGCCAACAAUGCGGGAACUGCAAAUCCCCGCCCUGUAACAAAGAAGACGGUAAUUGUGUCGGAGGAUGUGCUGACGGAUUUAAGGGAAUUAAAUGUCAACUUGCUUGUUCGAAAGGAACUUAUGGCGAAAACUGCUCCGGCAAUUGUAGCUCGUUUUGUGUUGAUGGACAAUGCGACCAUAUCACCGGCGUUUGCGAUAGAGGUUGUAUACCCGGAUACGAUUACAAUAAGGACACACAUUGCAAAACUCCCUGUCAAGUUGGGACAUAUGGACAAAACUGUGCUAACUUUUGUGGACACUGUCGAAGCAAAGAAGCAUGUGAAGAGAGUACCGGCAAAUGUGCAAACGGAUGUGACUUAGGGUUUUCUGGAAAAAUGUGCAAAGAGCCUUGCAAGAAUGGCUUUUUCGGAUACAACUGUUCUUUGUCGUGUCAUUGCAAUGGCUCCGAUUUUAUGUGUGAUGACCGCUAUGGAAAUUGUUCCAGCGGUUGUUCAUUCGGAUAUGGAGGAUUCAACUGCAGUAUAGAUUUGGAUAUCAUCUCAAGUGGCAUGGUAAAUCCGCUUGUUAAUCAAUCAAGCCAGUAUAUGAGAUGCAACGCUGAAAAAGCUAUUGAUAGAUUACUUUUCAUUAGUAAUGAUCAACUAUGCGAGACCUGCAGUGCCACUUCUGGAAAUGAGCCACCACAGUGGCAGCUGGAUUUAGGAAGGAAAGUCCUUUUACAAGGAUACAGAAUUUAUGGCCGAAUGAGUGGAGGGCCAGGACAAAGCAGCAAUUUUAAUGUCUACGUCUCCAACAUAUCAACAUUCACGGAGUUUGUAGAACAUGUAGAAUCAACUUUGCAUGAUGAUGGAUAUAUCAGAAGAUUUUCGCUGCCCAGGAUCAUACAGUUCUUAACACUAAAUAGAUCAAAUAGCAGUGUUUUGACAUUAUGUGAAGUGAAAUUAUACGAUGGGGGAUGCGAACUUGGCAAAUACGGGGAGGGUUGCAUCCACGAUUGCCACUGUGCAAAUGAAGAAAUUUGUGACGGUGUUACAGGUGAAUGUGCCUCACAGAAUUGUAAACGAGGGUGGACAGGAUUCUCAUGUAAUUUUCCCCUCGUCAAAGAUCAACAAACCUUUCCAUUCGGUGCAGUUGCUGGAGGGGUAGUCGGGGUCCUCUGUGGCGCCGCUGUCAUAGUUGGCUUAGGAUUUUUCUUCUACAGAAGAAGAACUCGAAAACCACCAACAACAAAAUCAAGUCAAACGUACGAAAAGGCUGGGUUUGGUACACCAACACUGAACGUUUCAAACGCAUCGAAGAACAUUUCUGCACAAAUUUCAGGAGUUGUACAUACGACGGACGCAGAUAAUCAGUAUUAUGAGUUUGGAAAUUUCAUACCUGGCAUUCAGCUUCACAAUCUUUGGGAUUACAUCAGAGACAACAAGAAAAACGAAUGCCAACACUUUAAUGACGAGUUUGCGAAGCUUCCAACUGGACCGGUUCAUCAACACAAUGUGGCUGAAAGAGAAGAAUACAAAGGGAAGAACAGAUACAGGGAGAUGUACGCAUAUGACCACUCCCGCGUGCCGUUACAGAAGGAAAAGGAUGGCGACUGUGAUUACAUUAAUGCGAGCUACAUAAACGGUUAUGGUAAAGUUCGGAAGUUUAUCGCUUCUCAAGGUCCAACCAAAAACAUGAUCGACGAUUUCUGGCGAAUGGUCUGGCAAGAAAAUGCUGAAAAGAUUGUAAUGCUUACUAACCUGGUUGAAAUGGCGACGGUAAAGUGCCUUCAAUACUGGCCAGAAAUGGACCAAACAUGCUCAUUCGGUGGAAUCGACAUAUCCGUCACUGGUGUUGAAGAGUUUAGAGAUUAUGAAAUAAGAACAAUAAUUGCUAAAAAGGCCCAAAGUGAUUCCAGGCGAAUUCAUCAGUAUCACUUUAAAGCCUGGCCAGACAAAGAUGUCCCUGAUAAUGGGUGGUGUCUUGUUGAGUUUUUGAAUGCUGUCGAAGCACAGUCGACAAAUGCACCUUUCAUAGUGCACUGCAGUGCCGGUAUUGGUCGGACCGGCACGUUUAUUGCACUUGACAACCUCGUAGAUCAGGCAAGGACUGAAAAGUGUGUUAGACCGUUGCAAAUGGUUGAAGCCCUGAGGCGCCAACGUGUCAACAUGGUUCAGACAAAGGAUCAGUAUGUAUACUUGCACGAAGCGCUUGCCGAAGCCCUGUUAAUGGGCACUGAUCACGUCUGGAAUAGACAGUUUGAAGAGGUCCAUCCCUUCAUGAUGGCAACAGAACCGGGAGAGAAACAAACGAGGAUGGUUAAACAGUUUCAGUUGAUUGAACAAAGUCUUACAAAUGAGGCUCAGCAGAUGCAGGAUGGACCUGAAUAUGGAAACAUGGAAACAAUUAUAUCAGAAAUCGACGCAUAUCGCCCGAAAUUAAAGAAACGAGGUUCAAAUUUUACACAACAGCUCGACGCAAUCCUGUUGCCAGGCUUUUGCGGAAAUAACACGUUUUUAAUGUGUAAAUCUCCACGUGAAGAGCAGCUGGAAGAGUUUUGGUCUCUUGUUGAGGAGCAGCACGUGAUCACCGUCAUUAUGCUUACCUCUAGUUCAAGCCGAGCACACCAGACAUGCGUGUACAUGGGCGGAAAUGGAGAUGGAAAAGUUGGACGAUAUUCCGUUAACUUCAUACAAGAAUGGAAAAACAAAACGUUUAAUGAAAGAAGCUUUUCGUUUCGGGACGACAACAAUGAGGGCGAAGAUAAUCUAACAACAGUAAAACAGUUUCAAUUCACCGCUUGGACUGAAAACGAAUCACUCCCACCAGUGCAAAACAUGUUAGACUGCCUCGAUGAUGUAAGAAAAUGGCAGCCGCAUCUAGCCGAAAACAGAGCUGUUCUGAUUCACUGCGAGACGGGCCAUGAGCGGAGUGGAUUGAUCGCAGUACUUCUAAAUGAGCUCCAUCGCAUGGAAAAUACACGAGGUCAAAUAAACAUCGUGGAGACUGUGAAGACAAUGAAACAGAGAAACAGGGACAUCAUACCCAAUACUGUCCAAUAUAAAUUCAUUUACGAUUCACUUUUGGAACAUGUCAAGAACUCAACUGUAUAUGAGAACAUCAAAAGUGCUUAAAAAUGGCAAUGACCCUGGUACUGUGGUGUGCUGGGCUUAAAUAAUACCUCAAGUUAUAUAGGUCCUAAACGUGGCAGAUAUUGUAACGUACCAAGAUCAGUAUCAAGCAAGGAUCUUGUCUUACAGAUAACACCUCGUACUAAAUACAUGGAGACAUCAUUCACAAAUUAUAGCAAAAAUAUAUGGAAUGACAUUCCUUUACAUAUACGUACCUUGAAAACCCUUAAAACGUUCAAAGGAAAUUAUAAGUUUCAUUUAUUUUGUGAAUAAUAAGCUAUUUUACAUGAUCUUUAACAUAUGUAUAUGUUUAAUUUAUAGUUAUGUCGUUUGAGUGUCUGUCAGUGAAUAUUGAAGUAUGAAUGCAUUUAUAAACAUAGUGUUUAAUAGUUUUAUAUGCAAAUGUAUCUUUCUAGAUUUAACAUUGACAGGUGACUUAUUUUCCAGGAUAUAUUUUUUUUCCUUUUCUUUCUUUACCUUGAAGGCCAUAUUGAAAAUUAGAUUAUAUGUUCGCAUAUGUCUGAAUGUGUAACCUUCGGUAAAUAAAGCUUUUAUUAUUAUUAUUAUUAUUAUUAUUAUUAUUAUUAUUAUUAUUAUUAUUAUUAUUAUUAUUAUUAUCAUAACAAGACAUACACCUUUUAUGCCAAAACCGGCAUUGUUUAAUUGAAAAUUUGAAACGAGUGUGUGCUGCUGUUUUUAUAAAAAAUCAGGUAUUAUUCUAUUGCAUAGUUUUUUAUCAAUUUAGGAAAUAUCAUAAUCACAAUGUUAGUAAUGAUACAUGCAAAAUAAACGUUACUCGUGUGUAAUAGUGACGCAUUGUAUGUUUGUUUAUUAAAUUGUGUGUGUUGAAUUGCUAGCAUAGAGAUAUGUUUGGUGAUCAUUUAGUGUAAUCAACGAAACCAUAAACGUGUCUUGUUUACAGACAGAAGCGACUGUGUGCUACAUUUAUAUUUGUCAUACUUAGAAUGUAUAUAGUAUAUCUCCAAACAGGCUUUCCUAAGUUUACUUCAUAUUAAAUAUAACAUAAUAAUUAUAUGUGUGUAUGAAAUACGUUUUUAGGUACAUCAUAAAUAUACCAUUCAUAAAAAAGCUUCUUAACAAAACAUAGUACUAGUACUGUAGAAACUGAAGUAUUUUGUAAAGUAAUUGAUAUCUUGAUGCGUUUACCAGAGUGGCUUGAUUUUUUUAGCUUUAAUGUUAAUAUUGUCAAUAAAUGUGUUGUGACCAUGCUCGAAGUCAUUGUCCAUCAUUAUUAAGUAUCGUUAAUUAUGCAAAAUAAAAUAUGUACCUGAAACUGGUAACGAUUAUUUUGUGGAUUGAAUAUUGAACAACACUUCGAGCAUGGUCACAACACAUUUAUGGUCUAAAAUAGCAUUUAAUUUCCAAAAUUCAAGCCACUAUGACGUUUAUUGGUUUGUAGAAUGUUAAAAACAUUUGUCAAUACGUUACUUUUGAAAUCUUUGUCUUUUGUAUUGAAAUGUCCUCAAUGAUAAAAAAACACCUUGUUAUUGUUACUGACUGCAAGUUUAAUCGUGAAUGCUCAUGAUCCAUCGUUUUCCCUGCAAAUAUAUGUAACUAUUUUGUAAUAAAAUACCA